ACGCUUCCUCUUGUUUUUUUUUUUUUUUGAAAGAAAAACCUAUUUUUGUCUCCAACAGCCAAAACAUUAUUUCAGCUCCAUAUAUGCUCUAUUUAUUUGAUUGUAUUUUCUCUCUCAUGUAUAAAGUGUCAUAUCUCUCUCUCUCUGACAAUCUUCAAAUCUCACCAAAUAAACCCCUAAAAAUUGUAUCCAAAAGUAGGGUUUCUCUGAAAACUCCAUUUUGAUAUUUGAUUGUUUUAUGUUGGUGUUGUAGUGGAGUCACAAUCAGGACGAUGUUUGGUUGGUUAUUCAAUAUUAUUUUUAGUUUAAGCUAUCUUCGUUUUCAUUUGGCUGAAUGGCAUCCUUUGGAAUAAUCCCAAAUCCGAUCAUCUCUUCUGUUCCCUUUUCUGUCUUCUUUUUCUAGCCUUUUGAUUCUUUAUUUUCCUGGCUCUGAAUUUUAGGGUUUUUCUAUUGAGAAUGAUACAUAAGAGCUAUUCGUUUGCUCGAGCAAUGGGUUGUUGUAGCUGUUUUGGCUUCCUUAGGAAGCCCAAGCGAAGACCCGUGCCCAUUUCUAGCGGCGGGAGAAAUUAUCAUCACCACAAUAAUAAUAAUCAUCUCUCCCAGGAAUUAUUAUUAGAUAGUGAAAUUGAUGAUGAUGGUGGGGAGGAUGAUGGUUCUUUUAAUGGUGACAUUACGGGCACUAGUUAUUGUGAUUAUGCCGAGUUGCCGAAUCGUGCCAAACGCUCUGAAGAGAAUUUAAGACUUAGGGAACUGAAUGGAUUGGUUUGCAGGAAAUCUCCUGUCAAGGAAACCCAUCUACUCGUUCGCUCUGAGGAUGAAGAUGGUAAUAAGAUGAUCAAUGAAUAUGUUCGCCAGUAUAAGAUUGGUGCUGGUAGCUAUGGCAAAGUGGUUUUAUAUCAAAGCAGUAUAGAUGGAAAGCUUUGUGCAAUUAAGGCCUUUCAUAAGUCUCAUUUGUUGAAGCUGCGGGUUGCUCCUUCAGAGACUGCAAUGACUGAUGUUCUUCGUGAGGUUCAAAUCAUGAAAAUGUUGGACCAUCCUAAUAUUGUCAAUCUCAUUGAGGUGAUUGAUGACCCAAAUACAGAUCACUUCUACAUGGUUCUGGAAUAUGUGGAUGGAAAAUGGGUGUGGGAAGGAUCCGGUCCUCCUGGUGGAAUUGGUGAAGAUACUGCUAGAAAGUAUUUGCGGGAUAUUGUAUCUGGGCUGAUGUAUCUUCAUGCUCAUAAUAUAGUGCAUGGGGAUAUCAAACCUGACAAUUUGUUGGUUACUCGCUCCGGUACAGUGAAGAUAGGAGAUUUCAGUGUCAGCCAGGUAGUUGAGGAUGAUAACGAUGAACUUCGUAGAUCUCCUGGGACUCCUGUUUUCACAGCGCCUGAGUGCUGUCUUGGUCUAACUUACCAUGGCAAAGCUGCAGACACGUGGGCAGUGGGAGUGACUUUGUACUGUAUGAUACUCGGGCAAUACCCAUUUCUCGGAGAAACACUCCAGGAUACAUAUGACAAGAUUGUCAACAACCCCUUGGUGCUCCCUGAUGAAUUGAACUCGCAGCUGAAGGAAUUACUCGAGGGACUUCUUUGCAAAGACCCAGCUCAGAGGAUGACACUGGAUGCUGUCGCAAAUCAUACCUGGGUUAUUGGGGAUAAUGGGCCGAUUCCUCAGUUUUUGUGUUGGUGCAAGCGCAGUAGCAGGGAACCAUCUGAUGGGAACGACAAUGGUAUUCGCAACCACACCGAAUCAAAUGGUAGCGAGUUCGGCAAAAUUGUAUAAUGUAUAGUAGGAAUUCCAGUUUCUCCUUUGAUUUUGGUUUAUCAUUUGAACUCCCCGUAUGUGAUUGGCCGGAGUGCCAUAAUAUCUUGUGAAAAAAGGAUGUGAGCUGUGGUUGGGAUUUUGAAGAAAAAAAAAUCAGAAAAAUAAGAGACAAGAAAGAUGUAGGCUUUUGGGACAAGCUGUCAGGAUUAUAUGUAGUAAUAUCCUAACUUCCGACCCAAUAGCGGGAAUAUGAUUCUUGAGUUUAGUGUUUUCAACUGAAAGACAUUCGAUUUUUCCUUCAUGCAGUUUUAGUGAGUUUAGAUUAUAUUUA